AUGGACGCUUCAGCAAUUAAAAGAAGAUAUGAAUGGCAAGCAUAUAGAAAAUUGGAUAUAGAGGAAUUAGAAAAGAAGGACAAGGAAAUUAUUAAAAAUUACAAUGCAACCUUCGGUGGACACUUUGCCAAAGUGAUCAAAAUAAACAAAUUUAAAUAUAUUUUGAUUUACUUUAACAAUGAAAAUGAUUUAUUAAAUGCAAUUUACAGAUCCACAAUGGUAGAAGAUUUAGGAAAAGGUUUAAAGAUAAAACUUCAAGACGAAUUGAUUGGAGAUAAAGGGACGUACAAGCGAAAAACAGGAAUAAACAGAUUUAAAGUGCCAACACAAACAAAGAAAGAUAAAUUUGUUGACGCCCAAUCUGAUAUUCUAUCAACAAUACCGCGAACAGAAGAAGAACAUGCAGAUUUUGACGCCUUGAACAAUAAUUUCAGUGACAGAUUGAAUAAGAUUGAGAAGAAAUUAGACUUGCCAAAAGGAAAGGAUAAGAAAAUGGAAGAAAAAGAUGACAUUAACAAAAAUAAAAAACGCGUAGUGACAACGCAAGGACAAAGAGAAGAUUCCGACAGCGAAUAA